UCGGACGUAAACUGCUGUGUGAGGUCAUAGAAGGAAUGCUCAGGCGGCCAAUCAGGUUCAUGCUCGGAAAGAUGGCGACGCGCGGGACCCUAGAGCAGCCUGUGAGGGGAGGAAGCAGCAAUGGCGGCGCCAGUAGCGCCGACGCGGAUCUUUUGCUGCACCCGGAGCUGCUCUCCCAGGAGUUCUUGCUGCUCACGCUGGAGCAGAAAAAUAUACCAGUUGAAGAUGAAGUGAAGAUCUGUAAAGAUGGCCUUACUGAUCUUUAUGUUCAGCAUGUUAUACCAUUGCCUCAACGGAACUUGCCUAAGACAAGAUGGGGGAAAUUGAUGGAAAAGAAAAGAAGCCAGAAGGUGUUAAAAUAUGUUGAUGAGAGCGCUGCUGCUGUGGAGAAUCUAAGGAAACGGCCUCUCAUUGUGUUUGAUGGUAGUUCAACGAGUACAAGUAUAAAAAUACGGAAGACAGAGAAUGGAGCUGCUGAUCGUCUAAAAUUAUCUCCAGCUGGAAGUACCAAUACUACUUGUAGAAGACUUUCAGGUCCUUCAAAUUCAUCUACAUGCACAUCAGCCUCCAUUUUAGCACAGGACAUUAAUGAGGCCAAAACCAACAAUAUUAUAAUUAACAACAGCAAUGUAAGGUCUAGUAAGAAGACACCACCAUCAGUGACUGCUACUGGAUCUACUGUUGUGAAAUUAAAGAGAACAGCACCAAAGGAAGAAUCAGAUACAGCAAAUGGUCUACAACCUACUGAAGCAAAAAAGAAGAUCCAGCACGUAACAUGGCCGUGAAUCUGUAAGGUUCUUGGAAUGUAAAUAAUAUUUAGCCUCCAUUUUUUGAAUAGUUAAGUCAUAUUUAACCAGGAUUACAGAUUGCAGUGGAUUCUUCAUAAUGUCAACAGCUCCACAGUAUAAAGCAGAACCAUCUUCUUUCCAGUCACUUUAAAAGUAUUUCCUGUAUUGCACAUUGAUUUAUUUACUUCAGUUCUAAUGGUUGGUUUGCAGAGAACAAGAUUGUUCCUCCAGUCCACCUUUGGAAUUGUCAAGUAUACUAUAAAUCAGCCCUUGCAUGAUAUGAUACAGAAAAUGUGUGUGGGGUUCACGCUCAACCGUACAGUGACAUUGAGUUCAGUACAUGCAAAUCCCUGUAUAUGUAUACUCAGAAGCUGGGGAAGAUGGUGCUUCCAUGUUUUGCUGGACUUCCCGUGGUAACUGAAUACAUUCACACAGAGCAGUUCUGUUGGUAGGGCUUAGGAUCAGGGCUAGAAAAAAAUAAUUCAAAUUCUUGGGUGAUAGUAUUAAUAUUUAAAUGACAUCUGGGAAUUUUUCAGCCUCCUGUGAGACUGUUAUUGCUUCUAACAGACUUAGGGAAAAUAGCUGAACUGUGUCUUUGCUUCAAAUUGAAGUUUUUGUUGUCAUUAGAGAUAAAUGGAUUUCUGGUAAUCAUUGGAGAUAAGCAGAUGAAAGGCACUGUCUAGUCGUCUGUAUGUAGUAUAUAGAAGGUGUCAGACAGAAAUGUAGGAUAUGAGCUAAUACUGUACUUUAAAGCAGUACUUGUAUUAGUAUUUUAUAUUAUGCAAAUGUGGAAGACAUAUUUGAAAUGACAGGCAAAUUUGUACUGUAAAUUAGCAGUGGAAGUUUGCAAACAAAAUAAAUCUUACCCUUUCCCUUUCUGUGAAUAAACAUGUUGAAUUUCUUUGAAACCCCAUGGAUUCUUCUUGUAUGUUGUAAAAAACUGUCUGAACUGGAUGUAAGUGUUAUAAUCAUGUUCCCAUAUAUACAAUAUCAUUACAUCCUGGGAACCAUUGGAUGGAAAUGUGGAAAACUUUCUUUACUCAAAUGCUCUGAAGAUGCUUGCAACGUCUCAGUGGAAUAUUUUGUGGCAGUUUAGUUCUUUGUCAAUUUGAAACUGUUUUUGUCUUUUUAAAUGGGAUUGGUUUGCCAUAAGAAUCUUCCACCUCCUUAUGAAAAUAAAGAGCAAAUCUAGCCAAAAUUAAGUAAAUUAUGUGUUAUUUCUUGCAAUGGGAAUGUUAAAUGUGUUAUUUAACACUCUUGUUGGAAUCACUGGGUUUUAAAUGGUUACUCAUUUAGUUGGAUCAUGUCUGUUCAGAGCAUUUAAAGAUAUGAUAUAUUUGAAGUGUAUUUGGACUUGAUUCCUGAACACUUGUGUGAGUUUUAUACUUUGGUACAGCACAGUUUAAUAUUGUGUGUUUUGUAUCUAAAUAGCUGUCUUUUUAGUACCCUCAUCUGACUUAAAUAAAUUGAGUUAAAAGUAA